UAGUGAAAGAGAGACACUGGAGAAAAAACAGUUGGGACAGUCAGGCAAAUAGUCUCUGUUGGUCAUUCGUUCUAGAAGAUAAUUCCACCAUUUGAGUGCUGAGGAGUAAAACGUAUAAUUGGUCUCUCAGAGGAGGAUGUCUGUGUCGGGGAAGAAGGAAUUUGAUGUGAAACAGAUCCUCAGACUCCGCUGGCGCUGGUUCAGCCAUUCAUCCCAAGGUUCGGCUGGUGGCGGCGGCGGCGGUGGCGGCGGUGUGGGAGGCUACAUCCAACAGGAUGGCCUGGACCACAGAGGAACACCUGUCCAGGGACGCCUCAAGAGUCACUCGCGGGAAAGAGGCGUCGGAGGACUACGAAAGACCAACAGUCCGGUCCACAGCAUCUUGGCACCAACGCCAGGGCCCACACCUGUCUAUGUCAGAGCGGGGCAUCAAUCAUGGCAUCAUCAGCAGAACACCAUCCAAGGUCUCCAGGUCAACGAGGAAUCUUCAAAGAGCAGCUCCUCUCCCAGCACCACAAGGAAGGAGGAGACAAACGCUGGCCAAGAAGAUGUGAAGAGCAGCACAGAGGAACCUGCAGAGGUGGAGGCCAGAGAGAGGUUGGCUCUGAGCACCUUCUCCAGAAUGAACACCAACUCCUCUGAUGAGUUUUUCCAGGCCACAAAUCAUGCAGAACAGACGUUCCGUAAAAUGGAGACCUACCUCCAGCAUAAGCAGCUGUGUGAUGUCCUCUUGAUAGCAGGGGAUCACAAGAUACCAGCUCACAGACUGGUCCUGAGUGCCGUGUCAGACUACUUUGCUGCCAUGUUCACCAGUGAUGUGAGAGAGGCGAAGCAGGAGGAGAUCAAGAUGGAGGGAGUGGAUCCAGAGGCUCUCAGAUCUCUGGUUCAUUUUGCCUACACUGGUGUCCUUGAGCUGAAAGAGGAAACCAUUGAGAGUUUAUUGGCGGCAGCUUGCCUCCUCCAGCUUUCACAAGUCAUCCAGGUUUGCUGUAACUUCCUCAUGAAGCAGCUUCAUCCCUCCAAUUGCCUGGGAAUACGCUCCUUUGCAGACGCCCAGGGCUGCGUGGAUCUGCUCAACGUGGCUCAUAACUACACCAUGGAACACUUCCUAGAGGUCAUUCAGAACCAGGAGUUCCUGCUGCUCCCCACGGCUGAGAUUGUUAAGCUGCUCUCCAGCGAUGACAUCAACGUUCCCGAUGAAGAGACGAUCUUUCAGGCUUUGAUGAUGUGGGUGAGAUAUGAUGUCCAGCAUCGACAACAGGACCUCGGGGUGCUUCUGUCUUACAUCCGCCUGCCUCUUCUUCCUCCACAGCUCCUCGCAGAUCUGGAAAACAACAAGAUGUUCUCUGAUGAUCUGGAAUGUCAAAAGCUGCUGAUGGAGGCCAUGAAGUACCAUCUCCUGCCCGAACGACGUCCCAUGUUUCAGAGCCCAAGAACGAAACCUCGAAAGUCCACUGUGGGUGCACUUUAUGCUGUAGGAGGGAUGGAUGCUACCAAAGGCUCUACCACCAUAGAGAAGUACGACCUGCGGACGAACACGUGGGUCCAGGUUGGAGUCAUGAACGGACGCCGGCUGCAGUUCGGCGUGGCCGUGAUCGACAACAAGCUGUACGUGGUCGGAGGGAGAGACGGCCUCAAGACGUCCAACAUGGUGGAGUGUUAUAAUCCCAUCAGCAAAGUGUGGUCCACUAUGCCCCCAAUGUCCACACACAGACAUGGACUUGGUAUUGCUGUGCUGGAGGGCCCCAUGUAUGCGGUGGGAGGCCACGAUGGCUGGAGUUAUCUCAACACAGUGGAGCGCUGGGACCCACAGGCCAGACAGUGGAACUAUGUGGCCAGCAUGUCAACACCGCGGAGCACCAUGGGAGUCACAGCCCUCAAUGGAAAAUUGUUUGCAGUAGGUGGCAGAGAUGGCAGCUCAUGUCUGAGGUCGAUGGAGUGCUUUGAUCCACACACCAACAAGUGGAGCAUGUGUGCACCCAUGGCCAAGAGGCGAGGAGGAGUGGGAGUAGCGACGUAUAACAACUUCCUGUAUGCUGUAGGCGGACAUGAUGCCCCGGCCUCCAACCACUGUUCCAGACUCUCUGAUUGUGUUGAGAGGUAUGAUCCAAAGACGGACACGUGGACCACGGUGUCCUCUCUCAGCGUUCCCCGGGAUGCCGUGGGCGUUUGCCUGCUGGGUGACAGGCUUUAUGCAGUGGGUGGAUAUGACGGGCAGUCGUAUCUGAACACUGUCGAGUCCUACGAUGCACAGAACAAUGAGUGGACUGAGGAGGUCCCUCUCAACAUUGGCAGGGCAGGCGCCUGCGUGGUGGUGGUGAAAUUGCCUUGAGCAUUUUGUCUCACAACAGCAUGGGAAACAAAUGAGAGAGCAGCGAAGAAGAGUGGACAAACAAAACAACAGAUCAAGGACACAUCCUCUGAGAGUCGUGUUUUUUUUUCUUUUUUUUUUCUUUUCCUUUAACUCAGCUCUCCAGAUUUUUCAGAGGGAAACACAGACAGAGCCUUGCCCAUAAACCAUUGUUUCUAUCAUUAGUGGACAUGUCUGCCCACUGGGGAGGACUUGUUCUGAAACUGGAAUGCACCGCACAUUCUCCACAUUCUCAACCGAUCAAGAAUUUUCAUAGACUUGGCAAAGCUGUAGCAAAUCAGUGCCGAGCCUUUGUUGUACUGGUUUGUUAUACUAGUUUUAUGAAAAGUUCUUUGAAUGUCUGCAAGAUUAAAUGUAAAUGUAAAGCAUUUUCGAGUAAAUAAGCCGGGUUAGUUUACAUUUAUACACAAACAUUUCUUAUCAGUGCCAUCACAUACAGUAUAUUUUUGGGUUUAUAUGUCCCUUUAUAGCCACUAUAAUGAAAAUUGUCAUAAUAAACAGACAUAAAUGCGUACCAGUGUCAUUCCUUAGUGGAUUUUCUGAACAGAUUCUUACUCUUUAGCGAAGAAAACUACUGUGAACAUGGAGAGUUUGAUUUAAAGUCUGAGAAUGAAAUCGAACUUUGCGCUGAAUAAUAUAUUUGGACACUUUCUUAUUUUAUUUUUAUUUUUUUUCUAGCCUGUAGCUACAGAACACCAAAGUCAUUUGCUUGUCUUAGAUGUCUUGUUACACAUUAUAUAAAGGUUUACAAAUUUGUGAAUUACAGAAAAUAUAUCAUAUUGAUAUUUCACAUUGCUGUACAGAUUUUUGUGAACUUUCUGAAACUACAUUUGCGUUACUAGAAUCAUGCCUAAACCAGAGUCCGCUGGCGACUACAGCUACUAUUACUCAUUUGUCUUUCUAGGCAUGCUAGCUGAGUGAAUGUUUAAUUUGAUUUUUACAAUAUUAUAUAUAAAGAUCACUGUCUCUUCUGUAUUUUUUAGCAUAUAUAUUGCCCUCUUGGUCAUGUAGAUCAUGCAGCGCAACCUUUUAAUCAACCCUCAUGCAACAACAAACUAAGUGGAACCAGCUGCAUCCAAACCGCCUAUCUGAGUCUAUCGUUUUACAUUUGACAACUUGUUCACAAUAAAAAAAAAAAAGAGAGAGAGAUUUGUAACUGUAAUUAUGACAUGUUUUUGGGGCCAAAUGUUGCUUUUAAUGUUUUUAUCAUAAUUUUGUACAGCAUGCAAACCUAUAAAUAAAAAGACUCCAGUCUUCUCUGCAUGUUCGGAGCUGUGGCCCCGCAGCGGGCAGGUUUUGAUUCCUCUUGUUGUUCUGCUUUAAGUAAACAAAACUGAUUCUUUGACUAAA